AUGUUGAAGGCGGUGUUCAGUGGGAAGGAUAAGGCGAAGAUAACGUCGCAUAAACGGACGGGGUCGUUGUUCGCGAGCGAGGAGGGCGAGGCGCUGGACGCCCUGGCGCGGUCGUCGAGUUAUCUGAGCGGUAGGGGAGAGACGAAGGAGUUCAACGCGCACGACGUGAUUGAGGAGUGUGAUGAACUGCUUCGGACGAUCUUCUUCGCCGUGGUGAGGGAGACGGCGGGAGAUAAGUUUUUGGGGCAGUUGAAGAGCGUGUACGAGGCGAGCGAAAAGUUUGGCAGCUCGCACGACCCGAAGGAUUUCGACGCGAUGCAGGCGAUGUUGGAGACGAUGGAAGUGGAUGAAUCGUUGCAGUUCGCGUCGGCGUACUCGAAUCUGUUGAAUCUGCACAAUAUUUCCGAGCAAGUGGCGAACGCGAUGGAGGAAAGACACAGACGUUUGGACGAUAUUCCGCGAGGGCCGGCAAAGACGACGAACGGCGCGAUUAAAGGUUUGCUUCGAGCCGGGAAGUCGACGGAGGAAAUCUACAGCGCUUUAGCGGUGCAGCACGUUGAUUUAGUGCUCACCGCCCACCCCACGCAAGCCUUGAGACGGUCGAUGUUGAAAUCUUUCGGAAUAAUUCGUGAAAAGCUGUUGCAGCUGCAACGAUUUCGCCUUUCGCGAUACGAGCGUGCAGAAGUUUUGGACGAGAUUCGAUCGAAGGUCGCCUCGGCGUGGCGCACAGAUGAGAUCCGCCGCACGCCACCGAAGCCUCAAGACGAAAUGCGCGCGGGUCUGACGUACUUUCAGCAAACCAUCUGGGAUGGCAUCCCAACUUUCAUGCGUCGCGUGGACACGUCGCUCUUGGCAAACGGAUGCCCUCGUUUGCCGCUCGACAGAUCCAUCGUUACGUUCGGGUCGUGGAUGGGUGGUGAUCGUGACGGCAACCCAUACGUCACGGCAUCAUGUACGCGCGACGUCGUUCUCUUGGCCCGUGUGCAAGGGGUUAACCUACUCUUCCGAGCGAUUCAGCGUCUGAUUUUCGAUUUGUCCAUGUGGCGAUGCAACGACGCCGUCAAGGCGUUGGCAAAGGACAUCUUGGAGAACUCGGAAACGGACAACUUUACGAUCUUCGAAGAGCGCAAGAAGCGAAACUACGAUGACUUUUGGAAGGCCAUUCCCGAGCACGAGCCUUACCGCGUCAUCUUGGCUGAACUUCGAGACAAGCUUUACAACACGCGAGAGGCGUUGCAGCGUUGCAUCGCGGACAACGACGUCAACAUCGACAUGAACGACGAGACUAUCAUUCGUUCCAAGGACGAACUGUUCGCACCCUUGGUGGUGUGCUACGAGUCUCUCAUCGAAGUCGGUGACGCUCAAAUUGCCAACGCCUAUCUUCUCGACGUCAUUCGCCAAGUGCAGUGCUUUGGGUUGGGGCUGGUCAAACUCGAUAUCCGGCAAGAAUCUGAUCGCCACGCCGAGGCUUUGGACGCGGUGACCAGGUACAUCGGCCUCGGAUCGUACCUCGAAUGGAGUGAGGAACAGAAAAUUGAGUUCCUGACACGCGAGCUUGAGAGCAAGCGGCCACUUUUACCUUCCGACCUCGAAUGCUCGGACGACGUUCGAGAAGUCCUGGACACGUGUAAGAUGAUUGCGCACUUGCAACAAACGUGCCCGGGUGCCCUCGGAACGUACGUUAUAUCCAUGGCGACAAGUGCCAGCGAUGUUUUGGCAGUUGUAUUAUUACAGCGCGAGUGUGGCUGUCGCAAACAGGAUCUUCUUCGCGUUGCACCGCUCUUUGAGCGACUCGACGAUCUGAACGACGCCCCGCGCGUGUUGCGCCAGCUCUUCUCCGUGAAGUGGUAUCACGACCACAUCGCGGGAUUCCAAGAGGUUAUGAUCGGGUAUUCGGAUAGUGGAAAAGACGCUGGUCGCAUGGCUGCAGCAUGGGCGCUGUACGAUGGUCAAGAACGCGUCGUGGCGGCAGGGAAGGAGUUUGACGUUGCGCUCACCCUGUUUCACGGUCGCGGAGGCACCGUAGGUCGCGGGGGAGGUCCAGCGCACAUUGCCAUGUUGUCUCAGCCUCCAGGCACUGUGAAUGGUAGCAUCAGAGUCACCGUGCAAGGAGAAGUGAUCGAAACCGACUUCGGUGAAAAAGAAAACUGUUUUCACACUCUGGAUUUGUACACGGCGUCCGUUCUGGAGCACACGUUGAAGCCGCCGGCGCAUCCUCGCGAUGAAUGGCGCCGAGUCAUGGAUAGAAUGAGCGAAUACUCAUGCGCGCAUUAUCGUAAGACUGUGUUCGAAACCCCUGAUUUCGUCGGAUACUUUGCACAGGCCACGCCUGGAGCCGAGCUUGGAUCGCUCAACAUCGGUUCUCGACCGGCCAAGCGUAAACCGAGUGCGGGCGUCACCGCUCUUCGAGCAAUUCCGUGGAUUUUCGCGUGGACGCAGUCGCGAUUCCACUUGCCAGUCUGGCUCGGAAUUUCCACAUCAUUCAGACGCUUGAUCGACGAAGGCGAACUGGAAACGCUGAGGGACAUGUACAAAAGUUGGCCUUUCUUUGAGGUGACGAUCGAUUUAGUGGAGAUGGUGCUCGCCAAGGCGGAUCCCGUCGUCGUGGCGUAUUACGAAAGAGCCCUUGUCGAUCCAAAAUUGCACGACUUCGGCGCCAGUCUGCGCGGCGAGCUUCAAGAAAGCAUCGAUUGCAUCCUCGCCGUCUCCGAGCAUAUCGGUUUGCUCGCCAAACCAGAAAAAGUCGAGGCGAACGAGGCGGUUCAGGUGCAUAAAAAGCUCGCUCACAAACUUCACAAGCGGUCGCUGUACAUCACGCCGCUCAACGUGUGUCAAGUGCGAUAUCUCAUCGCCGCUCGCGCGCUUGAAAAUGAAGAAGAUGGCGAUAAGCUAAGCAUGCAAAAAGUCAAGAUCACCUUGCUCGAGGGUUACCCGUUCCAAGAUUACAAUUACAAGGGCGCGGUGAACGACGUUUUAAAAAUCACGAUGAAGGGCAUCGCAGCCGGGAUGCAAAACACUGGGUGACAACAUCGAA